AGGAGCUGGAGGUUUGUUUACGGCUGGCGGCUGAUGGCGGUAUGGAUGCAAGCUCCGUGCCUUAUGGCGUGACUGUCGAAACCGUGGGUGACGCUCACAACUGGAAGCGGGCGGGAGCAGGGUACGAUCAGCGUGAAAGAUUAUACAAAAGCUGGAAGCAAUCAAGGUCAAGCAGCAUCUCAGGGAAAAUGGUCAAUGUUUUGGGUCAAAGGCCCUUCAACAGAACUGGGGAAGAAAAGUGGGAAAAGCAUCUUCUGAGUUGCAGAAACAGGGAAUGUCUGUGAAAGGGUACAGACCAAAGCUUCAACACAAUUACUUUAAAAUUUGGCAAUUAGAGACUGGAACAACAAAAAAGGAAACAAAUUGGAACAAAGGUACAGCAAAAAUGGAGAAGAGAAGCAAAUGUGCCCAGAUGGAGGAUGAGAUGCUGUUCCUUGAGUUUACUUUGGGCAUUGGAGCAAGGACUAAAACAUUAUUUGAAGAGAUCCGAGCAUCAAUUACAAAUAACUCAAAUGAAGAUAGAUCUUUCUGGAGACCUGUUCUUCCAUGGGGUGGAGUGUAUAAAAUUAAAGCUGGAAAAAACGCAAUGGCAUGCACUCCAAUGUAUGUAAGGAUAAGCCUAAAAAAUACUUGCACCAUUGAUGGAUUUUUGAUGUUGCUGUAUGUGAUUCUCAGUGAAAAUGAGAAUUUUCGUAGAGAGUUAUCGACUUACUUGGGAAAGGAAUUUGUUGAGCGUUUCCUAUAUUUGAUGGACUCAUAUAAAUUUACAACUGUGAAGUUGUUGUGGAUUUGGGAUAAAAUGGAAAAAUGCCAGUACAAAUGCAAAGUCCAUAAGGCCUCAUUAGAAAUUGACCUCUUUGGAAAUGAACAUGAAAACUUCACAAGGAAUCUGGAGAACCUUAUGUCUACUAUACAGGAAACAUUUUGUUCUAAUGGGAGAUGUCCAGCACGUGUUCAAGAAGAUCAACGCAAGACAAUUGUAAUCUAUCCUUCACAAGAUUCUCUCUUGGGUGAUGUAAUUCAAGCAGCAGUGGAUGAAUUAUUCUGUCCCAGGAUUGAGCUCUGCGAAGAACUUGGAUGUAAUGGUCAACGUGAGUUCACACAGAGAAUUUUUUGCCACGAUGCUCCUCCAUUUGUCAUCCUAAAUAUGCAGCAAUGGAAAUCUGAGGAAUUAGCCUAUGUCCCAUAUAGUUUGGCUGUGGCAGAACACAGGUACCUACUAGAGGGAGCAACACUUUUCAACAAGGAGGAGCACCAUUACUCUGCUGCUUUUAUGAUUGAUGGUAACUGGAUGCAUUACGAUGGACUUAGAACUGAGAACUUGGUGUUAUUAAAUAAACCUCCAGAGCUGCUGCUCUUGUCCUCUCUUGUCUAUGUUCGAGAUCAAGAAUUGAUUAAAAAUGAUUUGUGUUACUCAAAAAUGAAGCGAUGGAUAUACAAGACUACAUAAAUCAUACUAAUUUUUAAAAGCAUGGGGAGAAAAUUGAACCAUCCUGGCAUCCAACAAAAAUUAGACUGUAAAGUUCUGCUUUAUUAACCAAAAAGAUUUCAAAAAAUGUGCAAAGCAUUAUUAAUUAAUUUUAAAACUAUGCAAAUAUGUACAAAGAUGUAUUUUGGAUACUAAAUAUUUUUGUAUAACUGUAUUAUGGAAUAAAGCUUAUUUACAUGUUAUUUUUGAAUGAUAUGUGCAUACAAAGUAAUCAGAUGUUUCUAAUGAACAGAUGCAAAAACCACAGCACAAUAUAGAAGCUCUGAAAAAGUAAUAUUCACUAAUUCUGCGAAGAAAAAUAUUGGCACACUUUAUAGUUGCAAUGAUAGCAAAAUGCUGCACCCAUCAACAUUGUGAAACUGACAGCAU